CUUCCCGCCCCUCCUUCCCCCCCACUACAAAUUCAUCUUCACCCCCUUAACCCUAUCUUCCACACACUUAACACACAUCUCCCACAAUGAAAGACAUCUCCAGAUCUCCCUCAAGAAAAAACGACGGAUUCCACCGCUACUUAAAGCCAGGCGCGCUCGCUCAGAUCCGAAACUCCAGAAUCAAUUCUAAAUCCCCCUCUCUUGUAUCUCUCUCCCUGCCAUCGCCUCCGGUUGAUUCGCCGUCCCCUUCCGCUGCUGCGAACAAUCUGACGGUGGAUCAGGUGCCGCAUCUCCUGAGGAAGAUCUACGGUGGUCCGUACAGUUACCAGAGGAAGAAACUAGGCGCCGCUAGAUCAUCAUCGAUGAUGAUGAUGAUGGUGAAUUUGAACAAUCCUAUUAUUGAAUCGGGCGGCGGAAACGGCAGUGAUGUAAUUGCUCAUUGAAUUUUUAAACUACUUGUAUAAUUUCCUAUUCUGUAAUCUGUUUAUGAUACAAUUGUGUGGGAAUAAUGUUUAAUACUCAUUAAGAGUUUGUUUAUUUAUAUAUAUAUAUAUAUAUACA